UGCGUUUCAAAAAGUUCGGUGGCGUUUAGCUCACCGCUUCAAGUCACCUUUCACCAGCGAGAAGAAAUGUUUUCUAUGUUUAAUGAGGUAGUGCUUUUGAGACAUCUUCGAGAGACUAUAGUGCCUCGUCUCUCUGAACUUCGGGGGAAACCAAAACUACUUCCCCUGCGUUUGUAGGACUUCCAGCUUCCAAAACGAUGCUGGUUAGUUGAAGUUUGUGCUUACUGAUGUGGUGGCUAACUGGUUAGCUCGGUUAGCUUGCGUGAAAGCUACGUGUUGCGACCGUUUCACAAGUAACUCAAAUGGUCACGCUUGCUGGAAUAUAGACACGUAGAUUCAAACACUCUAAAACAACGGUUUGUUAAUGACGUGUUGUCGGGUUUAAACAUUAACACGGUUCGCUUAUAAGUCGAGGAAGCACUCUAACUGCCUUACAAAAACGGCUCCGAGCUUUGAGACGCCUUCGGUGGAUACCCACAUUGUGGAUACGGAUGGUAUAUCAGUCUCAAGCGGUCUACCUGCCACCUUCCCCCUCCCUGUCGGACUCAGUUCGUCAACCUGGUCUGUGAUGGGUCCCCUGUUCAUCAAGUAAAAACUCUUGGAGCAAAGUGCAGAGCUCCAACCAUGGGAGGAUGCGUGGGGAGAUACUGGGAAAAUUCACAAAACCGAGGAUCAUCCAGGAACGGUGGAAGAGGAGGACGUAACGAGCCGCUGAAAAAAGAUCGUCUCAAGUGGAAGAGUGACUACCCAAUGACGGAGGGCCAGCUGCGGAGCAAGCGGGAUGAGUUCUGGGACACGGCCCCGGCUUUUGAGGGCCGGAAGGAGAUCUGGGAUGCCCUGAAAGCCGCCGCCGUGGCCUUGGAGUCCAACGACCAUGAGCUGGCCCAGGCUAUAGUGGACGGAGCCAAUAUCACACUGCCGCAGGGGACUCUUACUGAAUGUUACGAUGAACUGGGGAACCGCUACCAGCUGCCAGUUUACUGCCUAGCGCCCCCUGUCAACCUCAUCUCAGAGUGCAGUGAUGAGGACCCCAGUGACAGCCCUGAACCCCCCGUAGCGUCUAAAAAAGAAUUUCAGCUCAAGGUACGACUGUCCACGGGAAAGGAUGUACGUCUCAGCACCAGCAUGGCUGACACCAUCGGGCAGCUGAAGAAGCAGCUGCAGACCCAGGAGGACAUCGACGUGCUCCACCAGCGCUGGUUCUUCUCUGGUAAACUGCUCACAGAUAAGACGCGGCUACAGGACACUAAGAUCCAGAAGGACUUCGUCAUUCAGGUCAUCGUAAGUUCGCAGGCAUUGCGAGGCCCCAAACCGUCCCCGAUAACCACCGUCUCCGCACCUACGUCUGAGUGAAGGGGCAAUGGCAGGGUGCAGCAGAGGUACCAUCGAUGCUGCUGUUAUUGAGAGAAAACUGAAUUUUGGAGGUUUAACCUCACAAAGCAGAAAAAGUGAAUAAAUGAAAAGUGCUGCUUACUUUCAUUUAACAUGA